UCGCAGACUGCACAUCAAACGAUUCAACGCUUACUAUUGAAUCAACCUUCGAAUUCCUGACAUCUCCAUUCUGAAUAAUCUCCGACCAGCAAAGUACUUUAGACUAAAAGUUUUACCAGUUAUCUGACUGUUCUGAAACCAUGGCUGCAAGUUUGAGUUCCCAGAUUGCAUACGCGUUUUUCGGUAUUGUCAUUGUGCUGUGCAUUGCCACUGUACGAUGUGCACCAGUAAGUAACACCUCUAGCUCUACGACCAACCUCGUUCCCUGUGAAUCUACGGAUGCCGCGACAACUUCUCACAUCAUUCUCCCACACGCGACAGCCUUCCUUGAUGCAUGCAAGAACGUCUUUGAUGAUUUUGUUGUGAGCAGAAGCGGACCUUUGCCUAAUGACUACUUGGAACUGUUUGCCGAGUAUAUACCAAAUAUCGCCGUCUUCUCAGACAAUAUGAGCGAGAACGAACGUCUGGCAACUCAUUACUUCAUCCUAGAGGGUUUCAGGAGGCCCAUGGAGGCUGUCAUCAUUGACGAUGGACAGUACCCUGAAACCCAACGUUUCGAUGCAGAACUCCAAAAUCUUUCUCAGCUGCUGCAAACAGUUACGCAAGGAGUCCAAGAAUUGGUAUGCUCAAACGGAGCCAGUGGGCAAAGUCCAAUAGGCGCAAUGGAGGACCUUCUUUUACCCUCACGCGACAAUUAUGUUGAUAGAAUUCUCUGGGACUACACUGUGCUGUACUACAUGAACCAAUACUCCAGCAAUCUUCACUCGGACAUUCUCAUAAGCAUUCCGUAAGCAGCAGGUCAGUAACAGUUUCAAAAUCCAACGAGAGCACGAUCAACAAAGUUGUCGUCACCUUGCAUCAUACAAUGCUUUUCUUGGCUUAACAUGUUUAUAUUAAACAACUAGUUUUACUGUAUAUUUAUGACGAUACCCCGUAGCUCUGUAUCAGGGAAAAGAAUUGCAAAAAAAGGCCACAAAAACCCACGGGAACAUUUACAAUUGCCCAAAUCUAUUGAGAAAACAUUCCUUGAAGUAAAGACAAAUCUGAUGCAAAACGUUGUUGAAAAUCAUUCUUAAUAUUAACCCAAAAAAAAAUUGAGGCCACCCAUUUGACGUAAUUAGUGUUCUAACGGUUGUGAUGUUUCCGCCAUCUUUAACGGAAUCAUUUCCGCCACUUUAACGGAAUCGCGUUUCAUGAUAAACCUUGGGACGUGUUUUCAUUGCCUUCUCUGAACAUACAGCAUCGGCCGAGCUGAUAUUAUAACAGGUUUUUGGUUAACGUUCUGCAUGAGAUUUCUAGUGUUGUUAGAAGAACGAUCCUGUGGGUUUUUUGUCUUUCGAGUGGUAUUUUAAAGACAAAGUGAUGUCUUGUUUUAAAGGCACGUUUUAAUUGUCGGUUUCGUCAAUUAACUAAAUCGUUUCUUUUGUAGAGUCAGUACAGUCGUAAAAUCAACUAUGCAACUGCUAUUUCUUUUUAUUUUCAUAGCUUCCUAUCUACAUUUCAAUUAUAUUACAAACACCAAAGAUAUUUAUGAAUGUACUAUUUACUAUU